CUUCCCCCAUAAAUCUCUCCCAUUUCCAUUUCCCAAUUCCGACUAACGAAUUUCCCUUCCUUCCCACUCCCCUCAGCUCAGUCCGGCGCGAUUGAGGUUGAGGAUUUGGAAUUUCUCUGGUCCUCCAGCGGCGGCUGGCUGAGGCUGUGGCAAUGAGCCAGACUCGGGCCCAGCCGAGCCACGACCCGCUGAAAGUGCCGAAGCUCCUCCUCUCAUCGGCCACCGACAAGCCCAAGGACGCCGUCAGCCUCUUCUUCAGAGCCGCUUUUCUUACUUGCCUGGUUGGCUCCAUCUUGAUUCUCCUCUUCUCCGCCUUCAGCCCGGCGGCACACCGCGGCACAGCCCACUGGCUCCGGCUGCCCGAACCGCCUGGUACCGAUCCCGGGGAAGACCAUCCCGACUACGCUGGCGAUGACAGCUCGGAGCCCACCAACAUCUCCCAUAUCGUGUUCAGCAUCGGAGGUUCAGUCCGCUCGUGGCCCGGCCGCAGCCGCUACUCCACCCUGUGGUGGCAGCCGAACCGGACGCGAGGAUACGCCUGGUUGGAUGAGGACCCGAAGAGCCAUAUCGGAGAUAACAGGUGGCAGGUGGCCGCGAGUAACUCUAUCCCGUACCGUGUGUCGGAGGAUACGACACGGUUCAAGUACUCCAGCUCGAAAUCGGCGGUGCGGAUCGCCCGGAUUUUCCUCGAGACAUUCAGAUUGAAUUUGCCCCGUGUUCGGUGGUUCGUCAUGGGGGACGAUGACUCCGUGUUUUUUGUGGAUAACUUGGUCACGGUGUUGUCGAGGUACGACCACAGAGAGAUGUGGUACAUAGGAGGGAACUCGGAGAGCGUGGAACAGGACGUGAUGCACUCGUACGGGAUGGCCUUUGGCGGUGGCGGGUUCGCUCUCAGUUACCCGCUGGCUGCCCGACUGUCCAAAAUAUUUGACGGCUGCCUCGAUCGGUACUACAAGUUCUACGGUUCCGAUCAGCGGGUGUGGGCUUGUGCAAGCGAGAUCGGCGUGCCCCUCACCAGGGAAUUGGGCUUCCACCAGAUUGAUAUCAGAGGGAAUCCUUACGGCCUUUUGGCGGCCCAUCCGCUGGCACCGCUCGUAAGCCUCCACCACAUAGAUUCGGUGGACUCCGUAAUCCCCCACCGGACCAAGUUCGACUCCCUCGAGACACUCAUGAGCUCUUAUAGGGUCGACCCGCCUCGGAUCCUCCAGCAGAGCUUCUGCUACAAUAGAAUCAGGAAAUGGUCCAUCGCGAUAUCAUGGGGAUACACAGUUCGGAUAUAUCCGUCGCUCGUUGCGGCUCAUUUGCUGGAGACACCGAUACGGACGUUUAAGACGUGGCGGACCCGGAAAGAUGGGCCGUUCACGUUCAAUACCAGGUCCAUGGAGCCCGACCCUUGCAGUGCACCAGCGGUUUACUUCCUUGACGAGGCUCAGGAGGUGGGUCAAGCUGGGUCUUUGACCAGCUACAAUAGGUCCGAUGACGGGUCAGGGAAGGAGUGCAAGAGUGCGGAGUUUGACCGGGUUAUGGCGAUUCGGAGGAUCGUGGUCUCUUCGAUGAGGAUGGACCCCGAGUAUUGGAAGAUGGCACCACGAAGACAAUGCUGCGAGAUUAUGGAUCGGGGAAGCAUUAAAAAUGGGAUAUUGCGUCUUAGGAUUAAGAAAUGCAGGCCCUUUGAGACCAUUACCAUCUAGAGUAAAAUUAUUUUACUGAUUGAUUUUUCCCUAAGAUCAGCUUCUCCCUUUGUAUAUAAUCUCUUAAGUCAAGUAAAUAAGAUAAACAGAUGAGUAAUAAGAGGCGGCAUGAAUAAGUUUUCUUUCCUUCACUGAGCCGCGAUUAGAAUAUAUCAGAAAUCGAUUCUACAA